GGGAACGCUGAUGACGUAGCCACGCAUCUGCUGUGUUUGGUUGUAGUCGGAUCAAGGAAACGUCUAGCAGCAUCGCAGAUAAACACCCUGAAGAGCUGUGGAACCCAUUGGACACACAACUGUCUCGGUAUCCCCGAAAGGACCGUGAGAGGGUCUUUCACACGUCGACAUGUCUGAGACAUACGACUUCCUCUUCAAGUUCCUGGUGAUCGGCAGCGCCGGGGCGGGAAAGUCCUGCCUCCUCCACCAGUUCAUCGAGAACAAGUUUAAGCAGGACUCCAACCACACUAUUGGUGUGGAGUUUGGUUCCAGGGUGGUCAACGUUGGUGGGAAGACGGUCAAACUGCAGAUCUGGGACACUGCAGGGCAGGAACGAUUUCGUUCUGUAACACGGAGCUACUACAGAGGAGCGGCUGGUGCACUUCUUGUUUACGAUAUUACAAGUAGAGAGACGUACAACACCCUGACCAAUUGGCUCGCAGACGCGCGGACGCUGGCGAGCCCCAACAUCGUUAUCAUUCUGUGUGGAAACAAGAAAGACCUGGACGCAGACCGAGAGGUGACCUUCCUGGAGGCCUCGCGCUUCGCUCAGGAGAACGAGCUAAUGUUCCUAGAGACGAGCGCUCUGACGGGGGAGAACGUCGAGGAGGCUUUCCUGAAAUGCGCUCGCACCAUCCUCAGCAAGAUAGACUCGGGAGAGCUGGAUCCAGAGAGGAUGGGCUCAGGGAUUCAGUACGGGGACGCGUCGCUGCGGCAGCUACGGCAGCCCAGAGGCACGCCGCCGCCCAACAAGCAGCAGUGUAACUGCUAGGGACCGGGCGCCGUCCUCCGCUGAACCCCACAGGGCCCACGCAGACACGACGCCCCCUACAGCUCAGCUUCAGGUGUUCUGUGUGUGUGUGUGUGUGUGUGUGUGU